GACCCUGCCACCGGAUACCGACUCCCAACUAACUACCUACCUACCUGACCAACCAUUCCCGUCCAUCAAAUUACCCAAACACCAACAACAUUGAACACGGACUAUCUAUCUUGAUAUUUCAUGCUUGAACUUGUCGAUAGCGUCUUCACCUGGCAAAUCGUGCACUUGGCUAACUCUGGGACCGACUGAUGCGCCUCUUCUCCCAAUAACCUCUACAGCUUCGAGCUGGCCGGCGCCAUGCUCUCCGCUUUCACAGCUCGUCCCAUCAUCGAGCUGCGACAAAAAGAUAAGUCUAAGAUUGAGACGAUACUCGCUCAAGGUGACCGCGUUCUCGUCGGCCUUAACAAUGGCGCACUCCGAAUCUACCGUCUAAACGAGCUUUCCGACCAACUUCAGAAUGGUUCCGCCGAUACAAAUGCCAAUGGUUCGUCGUCUGCGGCGGACGACGACCAUACUACUGCGCAAAGGUCAGAAAAGCCAACUGAUUUGAUGCGCGAGGUGGAACGCUUCUCGCCGCGAGCAAUCGAGCAGCUGGCUAUUAUAAAGGACGCAAACACAAUUGUAUCCUUGUCGAAUUAUCACGUCUCUUUUCACGAUCUCAAAACCUACGAACUUAUUGAGACCCUAAGCCGGACCAAGAAUGCAUCCUGCUUUGCGUCAACAUCGAAUAUUGUCAAGGAUCCGGACACGGGAAUCCCCGAGAUCGUGAGCCGGUUGGCUGUUGCGGUCAAGAGAAAAUUACUACUCUGGAGCUGGCUUGAGAGCGAACUUUCCGAGGAUGUGGACGAGAUCGUGCUGGCAGAGUCGAUUCGAUCAGUAACAUGGGCAAAUGCGACAAAGCUUGUAUGUGGUAUGAAUGGCGGAUACGUCAUGGUCGACGUCGUAACACGUGAGGUCGAAGAUAUCGUGAGUCCGGGUUCAGGACCAGCAGCUGGGCAGACUAGCCGAUUUGGUGCAAUGAGCAGUGCCGGUAUGGGGUACAUGGGAUUGGGAGGUUAUAUGCCCAAGCCUUUGGCGGCCAAAUUGGCUGAGGGAGAAAUGUUGCUCGCAAAGGAUAUCAACACACUAUUCAUCGAUGAUGACGGAAAACCCCUCGACAGACGGCAGAUUCCCUGGAACCAUGCCCCUGAAUCCAUAGGGUACUCGUACCCAUAUAUCCUUGCCUUGCAAGCGCCUUCAAAAGGCUCCCUGGAAGUUCGGAAUCCUAUAACAUUAUCAUCACUUCAGAAUCUAUCACUACCGGGUGCUGCUCAGCUUCACUUCCCGUCACCCACUUACAGCUUAGCACAUGCCGGGAAAGGUUUUCACAUCUCCAGUGAACGAUGUGUUUGGAAGAUGGACUCAACAGACUAUGACUCUCAGGUUCAGGAGCUAGUAGACGGUGGCCACUUCGAUGAGGCUAUUAGCAUUCUCGAAAUGCUUGAGGAUGCAUUGCUAAAGAACAAGUCGCAGACACUCCGUGAGGUCAAGAUGCUCAAAGCUGAAGGGCUAUUCAAGAAAAAGAAAUAUCGCCAGGCGAUGGAUCUCUUCAAUGAGGAUACCGUACAUGCACCUCCUGAACGAGUUCUCAGGAUGUUUCCUCCCUCCAUUGCUGGAGAACUAUCUGCGUGGGCCGGCCGCGAAGAGGAAGAACAAGAGUCGGACGAGGCGCCAGGAACACCGAAGAAAACCAAUGGCACGCGUCCCACCACCCCUGAACCCGUUGAGCAGGCACAGGAAACCCCGCAGUCAAGCAAAGGAGGCUUCGCCAGAUAUCUUACCGGAAGCUAUAGGAGGCCCCAGUCGGAUACCGCAUCCAUCCUCUCAAAGAAGGAUACGGCGGAGUGCGAUGAUGCUGCUAGUGUGAAGGAGACUGAGUCAAACGAGGAUCUACCUUUGAAAGACAAGGACUUGACGAACGCGGUUCUGGAGCUCAACAGUUACCUGGCUGGAACACGUGCUCGAUUACAACGGGUGAUUGAUCCUGUUACUGGAAACCUGAAACCUCAAAGUGAUCGAAAUGGUUCAACAGAAGAAAUAGCAGAGAAGUUCCUACGGAUAGGGCUCGAUGAAUCUGAGAAGAAACUUGAAGAGGAGCUCCGAAAUACCUUUCGGUUAGUCGACACAACUUUGUUCCGAGCAUACAUGUUUUCUCGACCAACUCUAGCAAGCUCUCUGUUCCGAAUUCCUAACUUCUGCGACCCUAAUGUGGUCAAUGAAAAGCUUUUGGAACAUAAUCGCUAUACUGAGCUGGUGGAUUUCUUCUACGGUAAGAAGCUACACAAGGAGGCUUUGGAACUUCUACGACGAUUUGGAGCCGCUGAAGAACCCGAUGAGGCCGCACCAACACUUCACGGACCGCAGCGCACCAUCCAGUACCUCAAAAAUCUACCACCGUCAGAAAUUGACCUCAUCCUUGAGCAUGCAGAAUGGACCCUCAAAGCCAGUCCAGAUGAGGCCUUGGAGAUCUUCACAGGUGACACAGAGAAUGCGGAGACCCUCCCACGAGAACGGGUUGUCUCUUUCUUACAUGAUGUUGAUACACAGUUGGAAGGACGCUAUCUAGAGCACAUCAUCACUGAGCUCGAAGACAUGACACCAGACCUUCACGACCGAUUGGUUGAGCUUUAUGUAGAAAACUUGAAGAAGAUGGACAAGGGUGAGAAGUGGGAUGAAAUGAUGAAUCACUUCAUCGAGUUCUUGAGACAGCCGGGGCAAGUUUACAGUCUCAGCAGGGCGUUUAGAUUGAUUCCCAGAGAUGACCCAGCAUUUUACGAAGCACAGGCUGUGGUAUUGAGCAACAUGAACCAACACAAACAAGCCCUUGAGAUCUAUGUAUUCAAGAUGAAGGACUACCAGAAAGCUGAACAGUAUGUCAUUCACCUGUCGUUCCAUCGGCUCACAAGCUAACUUUAGUAGAUACUGUAACCGAGUCAACUCGACUCAAGAUACUGCUCCAUCGUCUCAGCCAAAUGAGAAGAAUGAAACUGGAGAGGAUCCUGAGACUUCUACACCAUCUAUUUAUCAUACACUUCUGUCGCUCUAUCUUCAGCCGUCACCACCCAACCAGCCCAAUCUAGAACCAGCACUGGACCUUCUUUCAAAGCAUGGAUCACGUCUCCCAGCGACAUCAACUCUAGGACUCAUUCCAGACGACCUUCCCGUUCGGUCACUGGAGUCUUACUUCCGAGGCCGCAUUCGAUCGGCAAAUAGUCUGGUCAACGAGGCAAGGAUCGUUGCUGGUUUGCGACAGGCUGAAGGCAUCUCUAUCGCGGCGCGGCUGCACCUUGGUGACGAUGUACAGGGAGGGCAAGGCGGGCGUAACAGGCACGUUGCCAUCACAGACGAACGACACUGCGUCGUGUGCCACAAGAAACUCGGAGGAGGUAUGCGUAUUGGUGGGAGCGUUGUAGCUGUCCUGCCGGAUAACACAGUGGUGCACUACGGCUGUUUGAACCGGGCAACAGGGAACAAAGUAGACGCAUCCCAGGCGCCAAGUUGGGGUCGAGGAUUUUAGACGGGUCGUUUAGGCUGGAUGGGAGCAUCGUUUCGGGGAGCAUUUGCAUGGAUUGGAUCGAUGGUAGCCAGUAUGAUAUUUCUCAAAUACCCUUCAUAUUCAAACACAUCUUGCCGUUGAAGGGUUUGCAGUCGUUCGCGAGGAGUUGGUUCCCUCAGUCCUCCUCUUCUUGCACCUCCUCGCCAUAGUUCUCUUCCUCUUUAGCCUCAGCCGCGGCAUCCCUCGCCUUGUCCUGCUCCAUUCGCGCUGUGAGCUCUUGGUUGAUAGUGUCUUGGGUGUCGGCGACAGAGGCGCGCAGAGCCUUGAGGUAUGACGAGUUGUCGGCCGUGGAGGCUAUAGAUGAGAUAGCGGGAAGGGUGUGGGCAACUUUGAACGGUUCACUCGCUGGGGACUUGUAGUCUGCGGUGAGAGUUGGUUGCGACAUUUUGAGGUUAUGGUUAUUAUGUUCGGCGUUGGAAGAAGGUCGAAGUCUAGACUUGGAUGUUUUUGACGUGGGGUUGUAGAAUAAGAACCCCACAUCCGGUGCUCGUGAAGAUAUAGGGUGAGCAAUGACGGAACAAAUUUGUAUCAUGAAAACAAGUUCAAUCACAGAAGAUACAAUUCCACAUAGAGCGACGGGAACUUUGGAAUCAUGUAUUUUAGCCCAAUAUCGCUUCAGCUAGUAUAUCUUUUGCAAUACAUGUGAUUUAAUAGUCAAUCCCGUUCUAAA